CCCAGCUCCUGUUUCCAAUGCACGUACAGCCCGUACACACUGUCCUGGGACACCCCACAGCUAGCCACAUGGCUCCCCUGUGCCCCAGCCCCUGGAUCCCUGGAUUGAUCCCGGCCUCGGUCCCAGGCCCUGCUGUGCGAUGGCUGCUGUUACUGCUGCUCCUGGUGCCUGGCCGUCCCCAGAGGCAGGGGGCCACCCCGAUGGCAGGAGAUUCAUCUGGGGAAGAUGACCGACUGGGUGAUGAGGACCUGCCCAGUGAAGAGGACCUACCUGGAGAGGAGGACUCUCUGAAGUUAGAGGACCUACCUACUGCUGAGACUCCCAGGGACACUCAAGGCCCCCAAAAUGAUGCCCACAGGGACAGCAAAGGGGAUGAUCACAGUCAUUGGCGCUAUGGAGGCAACCCGCCUUGGUCCCAGGUGUCCCCAGCCUGUGCAGGCCGCUUCCAGUCUCCGGUGGAUAUCCGCCCCGAGCUCACCGCAUUUUGCCCCGCCCUGCGGUCCCUGGAACUAUUUGGCUUUGAACUCCCGCUCCUCCCCGAACUGCGCCUGCGUAACAAUGGCCACACAGCUGACUCUGCCUCCCGGGCUGGCGAUGACCCUGGGUCCCGGGCGCGAGUACCGGGCCUUGCAGUUGCAUCUGCACUGGGGGACUGCGCGUCGCCCGGGCUCGGAGCACACGGUUGGCGGCCACCGUUUCCCUGCUGAGGUGAGAGCGCAGCCUUCCGCGGAGGGACCAAGUGCGGCGCUGGGCCGGGAACCUUGCCCACUCCAAUCCUCACGUUGUCUCCAGAUCCACGUGGUUCACCUCAGCACUGCAUUUGCCAAAGUUGACGAGGCCUUGGCGCGCCCAGGGGGCCUCGCAGUGUUGGCUGCCUUUCUUCAGGAGGGUCCAGAAGAAAACAGCGCCUAUGAGCAGUUGCUGUCACAUUUGGAAGAAAUUGCUGAAGAAGACUCAGAGACUUUGGUCCCAGGACUGGACGUGUCUGCACUGCUGCCUUCUGACCUCAGCCGCUACUUCCGAUAUGAGGGGUCUCUGACCACACCCCCUUGUGCCCAGGGGGUCAUCUGGACUGUGUUCAACCAGACAGUGAGGCUGAGUGCUAAGCAGCUCCACACUCUCUCUGACGCCCUGUGGGGACCUGACCACUCUCCGCUACAGCUAAACUUUCGAGCAACACAGCCUUUGAAUGGCCGAAUCAUUGAGGCCUCCUUCCCAGCUGGAGUGGACCGCAGCCCUAGAACUGUAGAGCCAGUCCACCUGAAUUCCUGCUUUGCUGCUGGUGACAUCCUGGCCCUGGUUUUUGGCCUCCUCUUUGCUGUCACCAGCAUUGCCUUCCUUGUGCAAAUGAUAAGGCAGAAAAGACUCAGAAGUGGGACCAAAGGGAAUGUCAGCUACCACCCAGCAGAGGUAACAGAGACUGUUGCCUAGAGGCCUGGAACUUGGAGAAUGUGCAGAGACGCCACUGAGGAAUCUGAGGGGGAACCGGAGACUUUGUUCUGUCCUACCCAGUACACUACUUCCUUUUUAACCUUCAGAUAUAUAUAUUUUUAAUGUUUCUAAUAAAAUAUGUGAAAGGCAGCUUUGUUCCCCAAAUUGGAA